AUGGUCGAACAGACCGGUGUCCCCAAAGUUGGCCAGCGCGCUGGAGUUCGGGACCAGAUAGGGGACAGAGAAUGCAGGGCAGUUGCUGGAACAAGACAACCUUCAGAACUGAGCACAAAACCAGUCAGUCAAGCUGCCACCACUUUGAUCCUGGGCCUUGCUGCACUCCUAUUGGCUGGAGGCGCGACGGAACCCGCCGUAGCCGCAGAACUGAACUCAAACCUGGGAUCGAACCUCGCCGCCAGCUUUGACCUCUUUGAGGACCUCGGCAAUCUGCGGGAGGGCUUUGUGUCCGCAUUCCUCCUGAUCUUCUUCUCUGAGAUUGGCGACAAAACAUUCUUCAUUGCCGUGUUGCUCGCGCUGAAGCGGAACAAGGUGGCUGUGUUUGCCGGGACCUUUGGGGCGCUUGCGGUCAUGACGUUCAUCACAGUGAUCCUGGGGCGAGUCUUCCACGUCAUUGACGAGGCCCUUCCGUUUGAUAAGACGUGGGAGGCUGAGAUUCCGCUAGACGAUGUAGCCGCCGUGCUUCUGCUGAUCUACUUUGGACUGUCCACUCUGAAAGACGCGUACACAGCUGAAGAGGGCGAUGGGGACGAGGAGAAGGAGUCCGCGGAAGCUGCGGUAGCGUCCUUUGGAGAUGGGGCGGCAGCACUGUCGGGUUUCGAUUUUGGCACUGUAGCAGCUACAUUCGCGCUUGUAUUCGCGGCGGAAUGGGGGGACAAGUCUUUCUUCUCGACGAUAGCUUUGGCAGCUGCAGGAUCACCGCUUGGGGUUGUCGGUGGGGCGGUGGUCGGUCAUGGUGUUGCAACUGUGCUCGCAGUAGUUGGGGGUUCAAUACUUAGCAGGUACAUCUCUCCAAAGAUCAUCGGGUAUGCAGGAGGGUCUUUAUUCCUGGUCUUUGCUGCAGUCACCCUUUUUGACAUCACUAGCAAGCUUCCGUGAGGGAACUUGAUUGAGCUUGUAUAGGUACCAUAGAUAGACGCGGAAGGUUUGUUGAGGUCACUUUCGAAUCUGGUUGGAUCGAAUCCGAGUACCUUGCAGCUUACAGCUCGCGGGACUUUGAAGGUAUCUUGUCUUAUUGGACAUGGAUAUGUUUCUUACUGAUCGCGGCAGGCGGCAGGUUGGGUUGAGAGCCUGAGCCUGUCAACAACGGUUGCUGACGAUCUCGUUACUCUGGUCACAUACUAAUGCUUUCAUCAUGGC